AUGACUAUCCCAACCACCAUGCACGCCUGGAGAAAGCACAAAGGGAAUCCUGUCCCGGUUUGGGAAGAAAUCCCCGUUCCAUCCGCGCCCCCCUCGGGAUUCCUCGUAAAGCUCCUCGCAUCUGGAGUCUGCCACAGCGACCAAGCCCUCCUCGACGUCGAGGACCGUCCCCAGUUUAACGAUGUCUACACUCUUGGCCACGAAGGAUGCGGCAAAAUCGUUCAAAUUGGGGUGGACGUGACAGACGACCGAUUUAAAAUUGGCACCCGCGUCGCCCUCCUCGCGGUCCCAGGCUGCGGCCUGCAAUCCUGCCCCGAGUGCUCGCGCAAUCUCGCCCAGUUAUGCCCCAGCGGCCAGCACCACGGAAUCGGCCAAGAUGGGUUCUACGCUGAAUACGUGGCCAUUGAGGCCCGGGGCGCUGUUAUUUUACCUGAUGGUGUGCCUCCCGAAAUCGGUGCAAUCGCCACCGACGCUGUAACAACUGCGUACCACGGGAUCGUGCGCCGCGCAGAGGUCCAACCCCACGAGACGGUUUUCCUAUUCGGUCUUGGUGGGUUAGGGUUCAAUGCGUUGCAGAUUGUGGUUAAGCAUAUAGGGGCGCGGGCCCUUGUUUCUGAUAUCCGAGGUGAGAAACUCCAUGCGGCGAGGGACUUGGGUGUUCCUGAUGAAGAUAUUGUGCCGGUACAUGUCCAAGAAGAGGGGAGAAUUGCGGAAUGGGUAGUUGAGCGUGGGGUGCACGUUGAUACGGUGUUGGAGUUUGUGGGGAAGAGGCAGACGUUUGCGGAUGCGCAGAAGGUUGUUAGGGCUGGUGGGAAGGUGCUGUGCAUUGGGACGGGGGAGAGGGUGAAUGCGCUUGAUAUGAAAGACGGGAUUAGGAAGAGGCUGAGCUUUAUUUUUAGUUAUGGGGGGCAGUAUAGGGAUCUUGAGGAGGUGUUGGCGUUGAUUAAGGAAGGAAUAUUGAAGCCUAGGGUUCGACGGGGGGCUCUUAGGGACUUUCCGCGUUAUUUGAAGGAAUUGGGAGAAGGUGGAAUCGAGGAUAGGAUUGCCCUAACUCCAGAGUGA